CGCACGACAAAUGGGUGACGUUGUAAGCUUAUUUUCUGUGAUAAUAAUGAAAUUUAAAUCUAAGUUCAAUGAGAAUAAAAUUUAUUUCCACUGUGAUCUUCCUUGGAAAAAACUGAAUGCGGUGAAGUGGAUGAACGAGAGAGCCUCAUCCAACAGGGCUUAUGUACCAACUGCGGUGGAGAAUGUAGCGAAUGUGUGUACACACGCGUUAUGCGUGGCACCGGCGUCUAUCGGAGCUCGUGUGCUUUUGACGCGUUCGGUGAACGCGCCCCAAGCAAUAGCUGCGGUAGUUUAUGGUUUGGCGCUAUGUCUACUGUUUGCUGUCUCCACCACAUUCCACUCGGUCUGCUGCUGCAAAUCUGAUACUAAAAUGAAACACUUCCUCCACCGCUGCGACCGUGCCAUGAUUUACAUAUUCAUCGCGAGCUCAUAUUUCCCCUGGCUGACGGUGGGGACUCUUUCCUGCUGGAUGCUAAGGGAGCUACGUUGGGCGAUUUGGCUGCUCGCUGUACUCGGGAUCACCUAUCAGCAGAUCUUCCACGAGAGAUUCAAGAUGCUGGAGCUGUUGCUCUACUUGGUCAUGGGGCUAGGGCCCGCUGCGAUCAUACUCACGUCAAAUCACCAGUUCCCAGCGAUGAGCGACUUGAUCACCGGCGGGGUGCUGUACCUUAUCGGCGUGUUCUUCUUCAAGUCAGACGGCCGCAUACCCUUCGCCCACGCGAUAUGGCACGUAUUUGUAGCACUCGCAGCUACAGUUCACUACCUAGCCAUACUCCGCCAUCUGUUCCCCGAACUAAAAUCGCAAUGAAGACUGCCCUAUUAUCCCAUUGAAUCUCAAUUAUUUGCGCUCUCUAACUAUUAUUAUAUCCUAACUCGAGCACAAGGCCACAGAUUUACAAUCAUGCGACGAUUGACCACUAGUAUGACAAUUUAUACCUUUGUCAAAUUGUCGUCUGUGGCUUUGUUCGCCGGACACUGUAUUGUCACAACCUGUAAGCAGAGAGACGGAUAAAUAUUUAUUUAUAGAUGUAGCUGUUUCAAGUGUUGUCAACAUGUUUUAUGAUGUUCAAUUUCGACGCACAUGUAAAUAUCAAGUCUGAUAUCGACUCAUUGGAAAUUAUAAAAUACUCCACAAUAUUAUGUUGUAAAGAUCUGAUAUUGAAUAUUUUAUUAUCUAUAAUGAAAUUAUUAUUUAUCUAUUUGAAGCAUGGAUGAAAAAAUGUGCUGUCUAAAUGGAAUCUAAACGAAAAUCUGAAAAGAAUAAUGAUGUUAAAUACCAAAUUGUGUAUAAGUAAAUAUUUUAGUCCGAGGGACGGAUGUUUUCAUUGUAUGUGGAAACGUUUGGCCAAAUACCUAACAAAUGUACGAAUUGUGUGUAUAUUUUGUAAGAUAUUGUUGAAACUUAUUGUACCUAUUGUUGUAGCGUAUGUAGUCGUAUCUCAGAAUCUCGAGACCAAUCCAACCAUUUUUAGAGUACCUAUAUAAAAUAUUGGGGGUUUUUAGAAAUGUUUAUAACUCUAUACUUAUACUAAUCCAGUUUUUUCAGCGAGAUCUUUUAUACACCUCAAUGUGAAUUUUCCUUAGAUUAGUUCGGUAUACAUUUUAGCGUAGCAAUGUAUGUAUAAAUCUAAGAGAUAAUGUUUUCUGAUCGUUUACAAUAGUUUACUCCUUCUGUUCAUUCUUAUGUUAUCUACUAAACUUAUUUAUUCCUAAUUAGAUUUUUAAGAAUUGCUCAAUUGUUCCUGUGCUGACUAGAUAAUUUGGCUAGACUUCCAAAUCCUACCUGAAAAUGGUAAGAGUAGAAUAUCUGUUUUAAUGAGCGGUUUCAGGUUUGAGAACAUCAACUAUGGUUUAAUGCGCCAUUCUCAAAUUUUUAAAUUCGUGUACCAAAUUAUUUUACUGUAUAAAUGUUAAAUGCUGUUUCCAAAACUGUUAUUAAGAGCUGCAUUCGAACUGUACUUGACUGAUAUAUAAUAUCUUAAUUUUAUUUUGGAGAACGGAGCUACUGAAUUCAUCAUGUUUGCAUUAUUAUAAACAUCAAUACUACUAUUCAAUUGUUUGCCGAAGUUCGCUUUAUCGUGUGAUGGGUGCCUACUCGCGUUGGAAACAAUAGAGACUCAGUAAAAAGUAGGUCAUCGCGACAACUCCAGUAUAGGCUGGCUUGUUACCCUACCUCUGCAGAUAAUUCUAAUGACUGACGCGUUGACCUUUAAUCUUUCGGUUUCGGUCUUUGCCCGGUAUAUGGACUUGUAAAUUAACAUUGG